AUGGAUUCUUUAAUACUUGACUCAUCCAACAGCACGUCCAUUGACGAAACAACUUUACAAUUAACGCCCAUUCAUGACAAUACCCAUUCAUUACCUGAAGAUGAUCUUGAUCUUGAAUUCGAGACGUACAUGCUAUUGCGAGCCACUGCCGAAGAAAUAAUUCCAAUAGCGUCUCCAAGUAAGGUGUCUUAUAUCGAAAACAGGAAAAACAUCCACGCAACGUAUUUCCAAAAAAGCGAACGUAUUCGAACUCGCAAUAAGCUCAAUCGAGCCAAAGUAUUUACAUCAGAGCAAUUACGUUCUUUGAAAUGUUAUGCACGUAAAGAAGAACAAAAGCGAGCUGUCCUCGACACAAAAGAGGAUAGUGAUGAUGACCUUGUUGUUGACUACAGCGAACCACCAAAGAUAUCGACUACGUUGUUAGCAAGCAAACCCUUUUCAAAAAAGGCCGUAUAUUCCGACAAAGAAUUUUGGGAAGAGUUACGACAGAGAACUGCGUUAAAAACCCUACAAGAAGUACAAGAGCGACAGAUGAAGAGACUGGCUUCAGCCUCACUUAGGGAGACAAUUGAGAAGGAGAUGAGAAUGGCAUCAGCAAAUAAUUUAAAUCAGACGAACAAUGAUGAGAUUAUCUCUGACUCGGAUGAGGACUAUGUUGAAACAAUUUACAGUGAUGAUGAAGACGACGCGGUCGGGCAUGACCGCUCAAUUACUGAACAAGAUUCCGAUAACAACCUUGAAUUUUCGAUAAAUUCACCCAAGAUCCAUGCUGUCCAUGAACAAGUUCGACCUCAUUCCGAAUAUGUGGAUGUCGAAGCCGUUGUGAGUGAAGACGAAUUCUUUGAUGCUGGUGGUUCAGACAAGGAAUAUGACUUUGGUGAAGAUGAGAACAUGAAUGAGUUUAUAGUAAGAACAAAGGGUAAGCGAGGUAAUGCAUCGAAAGCGAGGGCAUACUGGGGACAAAUCGAACUGGAAGAAGACGUUCAACAGAUCAAUAAAUUGCAUAUGGAUAUCAAAUCUGGCGCAUUAAGGAAGCGGCGAAGGGAUGAAGAUAAUCUUGGUGACUUGUUUAGUAGUGAUGAUGACAGUGUAUACGGACGGCGCGGUCGUCGUAGGCAUCGUCAUUCAGACUCGGACAGCGAGGAGAGCUAUCAUGUCCAAUCUGCUUCGGAAGACGAUCAAAGUGUAUCACAAACUGAUAGGGCUACUAUGGAUCCCGACCUUGACCUUGAUUACGGACAUUCGGAUGUUGAAAUAGAAGCAAGUAAAUCGCACUCACAAUCAGCGAAUAUUAUGACUAGUGACGAGAUUCUUGAAUUAGUUAAUGAGUCUUACGUUGAGUAUUGCGAAGUUGAUUAA